UAUAUCUUUCUUCAUCCUCCCCGACUCGAUAAAAGUUCACUACCGGUUUUAGUAAAGUUAUCGAGUGAGUGACGACGGUCAAACCCGUCUGAACCGGAAACUUCGCAGUCAAACAUCACCGGAGAGUCCACAACAAAUCGCUACGAACACUCUUAUCGGCUUGUGUUUGAUUUGGAUUGUUUGUUAUCUUCCCUAAUAGGGUCUUUCCCUUGUCGGAAGUAACAAAUCAAACACCAUGAACCCUGAGGUUCAUCACUCCAAAGUGAUCUCACAUGUCUUUUUCACCGGCUCUGCCAAGCAAGGCACUGCUGGGCCACCCAUUGGUCUUAUCGACAUUGGUGAGAGCGAAAUUGCCUACCUCUUCAGAGUCUCUCUCCCUGGCAUUCAUAAAAAUCCAAAUAAGAUCAAAUGUGAGAUUCAGAGGGAGGGAAGAGUAUGCAUUCAAGGAGUAGUACCCGAGAUUGCCAUCCCAAGUGACUCGUCGGGAUGCUUGUACAGAAUGCAAGUGCAGCAGCUCUGCCCGCCAGGUCCAUUCUCGAUCACGUUUAACCUCCCGGGACAAGUGGAUCCUCGCUUGUUUUCUCCAAAGUUUAGACCUGAUGGGAUCUUUGAAGUUGUUGUCGUCAAGCUCGGUGUACGCGUCCCUGCUUCGUAGUUCGAUUUGGGUGUACUUCCUUAACUAGGAUAUGUUCGAAGUGUUUUUUGUUUUAAAACAUGACUGUUCAAAAUGAUCCCAUUUCUUAGGAUGUUCUUAGACUGAACAAAAGUGAUUAGAUGUGAAGAUGGUACUAUUUUUGAGCAAAUUGAAUGUUCACAUUUCUACAAAAAGUUGGUUUCUGUUUCAGUUCA